AUGGUAGAACCCCGAAGAACUGGCGUGGGGGCCGUGAAAGGAGGGGUGGGUGGUGGGAUGCAAGGGAGGAGAGGGGCAGCGGGUGAUCGGGGCCCUUGUCGCCCGCUCCACCCGCUGCUGCGGGUGGAGUGUGUGGUGCGGGUGGAGUGUGUGGUGAGGGUGGAGUGUGUGGUGCGGGUGGAGUGUGUGGUGCGGGUGGAGUGUGUGGUGCGGGUGGAGGAGUGUGUGGUGCGGGUGGAGGAGUGUGUGGUGCGGGUGGAGGAGUGUGUGGUGCGGGUGGAGGAGUGUGUGGUGCGGGUGGAGGAGUGUGUGGUGCGGGUGGAGGAGUGUGUGGUGCGGGUGGAGGAGUGUGUGGUGCGGGUGGAGGAGUGUGUGGUGCGGGUGGAGGAGUGUGUGGUGCGGGUGGAGGAGUGUGUGGUGCGGGUGGAGGAGUGUGUGGUGCGGGUGGAGGAGUGUGUGGUGCGGGUGGAGGAGUGUGUGGUGCGGGUGGAGGAGUGUGUGGUGCGGGGUGGAGGAGUGUGUGGUGCGGGUGGAGGAGUGUGUGGUGCGGGUGGAGGAGUGUGUGGUGCGGGUGGAGGAGUGUGUGGUGCGGGUGGAGGAGUGUGUGGUGCGGGUGGAGGGAGUUUGUGUGGUGCGGGUGGAGGAGUGUGUGUUGCGGGUGGAGGAGUGUGUGGUGCGGGUGAGGAGUUGUGUGGUGCGGGUGGAGGAGUGUGUGGUGCGGGUGGAGGAGUGUGUGGUGCGGGUGGAGGAGUGUGUGGUGCGGGUGGAGGAGUGUGUGGUGCGGGUGGAGGAGUGUGUGGUGCGGGUGGAGGAGUGUGUGGUGCGGGUGGAGGAGUGUGUGGUGCGGGUGGAGGAGUGUGUGGUUGCGGGUGGAGGAGUGUGUGGUGCGGGUGGAGGAGUGUGUGGUGCGGGUGGAGGAGUGUGGAGUGUGUGGUGCGGGUGGAGGAGUGUGUGGUGCGGGUGGAGGAGUGUGUGGUGCGGGUGGAGGAGUGUGUGGUGCGGGUGGAGGAGUGUGUGGUGCGGGUGGAGGAGUGUGUGGUGCAGGGUUGUGGAGGAGAGGCAGAGCGAGGGCGAGAGAGGGAGUGGGAGGAAGAUUGA